CUUCAACUCAUUCAACUUCGAAUAAUUUCAAACAACAAAACAAACUGACGUCCAUUUGUACACUUACAUCAACAUCAACUCCCACCUUAUAUCUUUCAAUCUACCAAACCACAUUUUAUAUUCAAAAUGCCACCAAAGGGAGUUGCAAGCAAAGCACCAGCUGCCGCUAAGGUACGUUUAUUCCUCUAAUUGAGCUCAAAUAAUUGUUUCUAACAUUUUGGAACACAGGCACCUGCAUCCGCGUCGAAGGCCCCAGCCAAGUCAGACGCUGGCAAGAAAACCACCGCCGGCGAGGGAAAGCCACGCAAGAAGAAGGGACGCAAGGAGACUUACUCUUCAUACAUCUACAAAGGUACGAACCCACUCGCGCUUUCCGAUCGCGUUUUCAACAAUAACAAUAACGCGUCGCAUUUACAAAACAAACAAGCACUAACAUUUUCUUUCAUCAAUAGUUCUCAAACAAGUCCACCCAGAUACUGGUAUUUCCAACCGAGCUAUGUCUAUCUUGAACUCUUUCGUCAACGAUAUCUUCGAGCGCGUCGCUACCGAGGCUUCCAAGCUCGCAGCUUACAACAAGAAGAGCACCAUCUCAUCAAGAGAGAUACAAACCUCGUAUGUGCCAAUCCAAUUUCAUCGCCUUUCCUUUCUUCCAUUUCUAACAUUUCGCAGCGUUCGUCUCAUUCUUCCCGGUGAACUCGCAAAGCACGCCGUUUCCGAGGGUACCAAGGCUGUCACCAAGUACUCUUCAUCCACGAAAUAAGUUGUCUUUUCUUUGGGGUUUUAGGGGAAUAUCGGAUAUGCUUAAGCUCUGGAUCAUCUGACAGAUGAUGGCUGUUGUUGUCCGAGGACCUUGGGGUUUUCUUUUUAAUGCGUUAUGGAAGGUCUGAUUUUUAUGGGGGCAAAUGUCUUCACGGUCUGUUUUCGGGGUACGUGGCUGUACAAUAAACAAACGUCUUCACAUCAGAAUAGGGAAUUAGAAGACGAAAUUCAAACAUGAACUUAAUUCACCAUA